GUGAUCCAGGCAGCAAAAAUUAUUGGAACAGGGUUUGCUACCACAGGAUUAAUCGGAGCUGGAAUAGGUAUAGGUGUAGUAUUCGGAGCAUUAAUUCUUGGUGUAGCUAGAAAUCCCAGUCUUAGAGGUCAACUCUUUUCAUAUGCAAUAUUAGGGUUUGCAUUUGCAGAAGCAACAGGUCUAUUUGCACUUAUGAUGGCAUUCUUGCUAUUAUAUGUGGUUUAA